CUCAACUACAACAUUUAGUGGGACACAGUCCUUCGGUGAUGUUAGCGCAAAACAGUAAUACAAGUGAUAAGAGUGCAAUAAAAUCUUCCUUAAUUUUAUUUUUCCAUUUUCCAUUUUUCAAUUUAUUUUUAUUUUCCUUAAAUUAAUUAAGAAAUUAAGAAAAAUUGAAGAGAAAAAUUCCGUCGUCUGUAAAAAGACGACCUGGUCACAGGUCCACCAAAGGACCAUUGUGUUUACCUAACAAUUGGAGAGAGAAAAAAAUUUUUAAUUUAGUUGAAACUCAAGACUUAAUUAAUUUCACUUUUAUCUUAUUUUUAUUUAUUUUAUCCCUUUUCUAUAAGAAAUUUUUAUUUUCUUAUUACAACAAAAUUACUCGUCAUUAUUAAAGUUUUUUUUUUUCUUUAAAUUUUUAAUUUUUUCCAAACUCUAAAAACCUAGACCGUUUUUUUUUCACAUUCAAUUUAUUCCUUCCCCAAUCGACCCGACCGACCUAGUAAACUUUGGCCUUUUUUUUCUCCCUACUUUGCUGAUUUUACUUUCGUUCGUUCGCAUUUGAAAAUUGGGUGCAUCCUAGAUUUUUCAUUUUGAAUCCAACUUUUUUUUUUUUGUUUUUAGUUGUUGUGUUAGUAUAGUUACUGUUUGUUGUUGCGUCGCGCGACUUUCACACACGAAAACGAGUUCAGUUUUUUCUGAGUGAGUAAAUUUUUCCAAAAAAAUUCAUUUAUGUCCGAAUUGCGUCGUGGAAAAUGGAUUAAGUUCAAAGGAGUUUCAUGUAAAUUUGAGGUGACGCAACGUCAUGGCAAGAAAUGUACAGAAUAAUGGAAGAACCUGGAACCGAUGCAACUGGGAUGUAACACCACUAAAGCUUAUAACUGUUGCAUUUCUAUUGUCCCAAGGAUAUGUGGCUAAUGGCGAAGGAAAUGUCGGAUGUCAUUUUGUUAAAACUCUAUGCUUGGAAGGAGCCGAGGUUUGCUAUGAUGAUAACAUCUUUGGAAAGUGCCUAGCGACUACGGGCGUUGAACCGGAGGAUAUUGAUAAACAACCUUUAACGGAAGAACAAUCUCGCAUCCUGGCAACUAUGCUAGAAGAGAUGCAAGGAGCCGGUUUGGGUUGGGAUCAUCCUUUUGUUCAAUGCCGCAUCCAGGGUGCCCUAUUCUCUCUGCAACGUGACACCCCAUUGCCACCGAACUUAUGCGCUAAUUUGGCUCCAGAUCCGGAAAUUCUCGGCCCACAGAGUCCGAUGGCAUUUGUUCGGUUUGCUCCACCAAGCGAGGAUUAUGCCGAAGAGGUUUUCUUCCCGCCGCCGAAAAAACAAGCCUAUUUCGAACCCACCGUCAAUAGGAUUCAUCGGCUGAGGUCUUCCGGUUUUGAGUUAUCCGAUUCACCCAAGGAUUUGGACUACAUACGAUCGAAGCCCAGUCCAAUGGAUCUGGAAUUGGAACGUGAACGGGAACGGAUACUUUUGGAAGACCAAAGGCGAAAGGAAGUCGAAGAACGCUUAAGGUCUCUUCAGACUGAAAUUCAACUGAAGAACCUUCUGGCAGGAGGACCUCCGCACAAGGCAUCACCUUAUCCCAACGAUGAAUUGGUCUAUUUGGGUCGAUCAGCAAACGGUGAUCCAAGUUCGGUACCGAAAUCUUACUUCCGAGAAAAUUUCGGAUCAUCGAAGGAAACCUGGCCUGUGGAUGAACCUCGAAUGCCCUUCAAGCGUGUAGACACUAGUCAAGAUGAUGAAGAAAUCAUGCUGAAUACUAAUAUCUAUCCAGUCAAGCAGCCGAAAAAAGCCGAAGGUGUUUACACAGAAGGCGGAUUGGUAUUCAUGCCGGAUCGUAAUCGUUUCGAUAUGUCUCAUUUGGGGAAGGAAAAAGCCAGGGAACUUUUAGCUAACAUGCUUGGUUUUACUCGUCACGAACGUUUGGAUGUUAAGAAACCUGGACCAAUUGUUGGGCCACCACCAUCGGCACAUGCAACAACUGAAAAACCAGGUAAGGAUUCAAAGAAAACGGACAAAGCUGAGAAUAAUAAGGAAGUUCUACCGGAUCAUAUCAAAGGUGAUGGAGCGACAAAGAAGAAGAAGGUGAUUAGGGAUCAUUCGGAUGAGGAUCAUGCACCGCAUUCGGUAGAUACUGAGUAUGCGCAUGUUUUUGUCAAAAAUCCUGUUGAUAGCUGGAGUGAUGGAGUUCGGAUUGUGAAUGAACUGGCAAACAUUCUUCACAUGCAAGGAUUCUUUAACUAUUUGACGGUCCAUCCGCAUGAAGUCUCCUUUCGAGUCGAUGCCAAUAAUCCCGAAAAGAAAACCGCCAGUGAUAUUGCCAAAGCUAUCAAUGAUGCUCGAGUCAAGAACAAUAUUCUUCGGCGACUUGGUGUGACAGUUGUUCGGGCAGGAGUUGGCGAUAAGAUCAAGGCCGAUGAAGACGGAAGUGUCUCUGCAUCACGCAUUGAAAUCGCCGAAGAAGGACCCGAUGUAACACACAUCAUGGCUUAUAUGUUCGCUGGAGCUGGUGCUGCUGCAGUUAUUGUGAUUUUUGUGACAUUGAUAUUGAUUCGACGCCAUGAUAAGAAACGGGACAAGCUUGGUGGUCUUCAGUCGGGAAUUUCUGGAGCUGAAAGUUGUACUAAAGAUUAUCAGGAUCUUUGUCGAUCUCGAAUGUCUGGAAAAGGAAACACUUCGGAACCAGCUGCUAGUGGUCGAAUAACGUCGCUUGCUAAGGAAAAUGAUCGUCCCCCAUCGUCACGGUCGAGUACUUCGUCGUGGAGUGAGGAACCUGCGCUAACGAAUAUGGACAUUUCUACUGGACAUAUGGUUCUAUCUUAUAUGGAAGAUCAUCUCAGGAACAAGGGUCGCUUACAGCGUGAAUGGGAAGCAUUAUGCCGCUAUGAAGCCGAACCAAGUGCCAGAGAUGCGGCCUUGCAGCCGCAAUGUUCAACAUUGAAUCGAACCGGAGCCCCCUUGCCAUUUGAUCAUUCCAGAGUUGUGCUGAAUCAUUUAGCAAAUGCCGAAGGAUUGGAUUAUAUUAAUGCAUCAACUAUUUGGUUUGGUUUUCAGACUGAUCACGAUCCUAGGGCACCAGCUUAUGUGGCAGCACAAGGACCUUUGCCGACGACUUUGGCACACUUUUGGCAAAUGAUUUGGGAACAAGGAGCUGUGGUAAUUGUGUCGCUUUGUCGUUUGCAAGAGAAUGGUGAGGUGGCAUGUGCACGGUAUUGGCCGGAAGAGGGCGCUGAGGUUUAUCACAUUUAUGAGGUACACUUAGUAAGUGAACACAUUUGGUGUGAUGACUACCUUGUUCGCUCAUUCUAUCUCAAGAACCUGCGCACCAGUGAAACACGCACAGUUACACAAUUCCACUUCUUGUCAUGGCCACAAGGUGGAGUACCAGCAUCGGCAAAGGCGUUAUUGGACUUUAGAAGAAAAGUAAAUAAGUCCUACCGCGGUCGAUCCUGCCCCAUCGUCGUUCAUGGUAGUGCUGGUGCUGGUCGAACAGGAGCCUACAUCCUGCUCGACUUAGUUCUCGGCCGAAUGAACAAAGGUGCUCGUGAAAUUGACAUUGCAGCGACAUUGGAACAUCUUCGUGAUCAACGUGCCGGACUUGUAGCUACGCGACAACAAUUCGAGUUCGUCCUUAUGGCAGUGGCCGAAGAAGUACAUGCAAUAUUGAAAGCUCUUCCCGCCAAUCAAGGUGAAAAACGUGAUUCAGAUAAGGAACAACAACAAUCAUUGAAAGAAGAAGAACCUGAUGAAUCAACAGAAAAUGAUGAAUUAUUGAAAAAAGAUAAAGAAUCUACAUCACCCGAUGAGAAAACAACUAAAAAAUCUGAAAAUGAUAAAAAAUAAUUAAAAAAAAAAAUAAAGAGACAAAAAUAAGUUAAGUUUUUAAAUUUAAAAAAAUAUGUUUUUGUUUUAAUUUUUAAUUUUAAUAUAUUUUUUUUAAUGAUAAGGCUUUAUAAGGAACGAUUAAUUAAUUUUUAACAAAAAAAAAACAAAACAAAAAUAAUAAUAAAAUAAAUGUAUGUUUUAGUUAAGGAAUUUUGUGUGAAAGCUUAAAAAAAUAAUUUAAUUGUUUUUUUUUUUUUUUUUAAUAUUAAUUUUUUAAAUCAUCUAAUCUGUUUAUCACUCAACGAUUUCUAUCCAGCCAUUAACGUUGAGUGAUUAACAAGAUUAUGAUUUUUAUAUCACAAAAAUUAAAAAAAAAAUUAAAACAAAUCACAAAAAUAUAUUAAAUCAAAUAUAAAUGUUAUUUAAAAAAAUAAAAAAAAAAAAAUAUAUAGCUACAGUUUAUUAAUCAAUGUGUUAAUUUUAAAAAUAAAAUAAAACAAAACAAAAAAAUUGGUACAGUUCAGUGUAUUUCAAAAUUAUAAAAAAUUAAAAAAAAAAAAAAAAACGGCAUAAGAUACUGAGGUAAAUUUUAAAUUUUUUCUUAGAUAUAAGUUUAAAACAAAAAAUAAAAAUAAAUAUAUAUAGAUGUUUAACCACAAAAAUAUAUAAAUAUAUAUGUGUAUUCCAUAUCAAAAUAUCUUAAUGGAUCAUAACUAAUUCUGUUGACGACACAAUUUGCAAUGAAUAAUGGACAAAAUGCUUAAUGAUUAAAUAUUAAAUAUAAAAAUAAAAACUUUUAAAUAACAAAAAAUGUAAUAAUAUACCAGAUUUUUUAGUUUUUCUAUUUUUUAAAUAUAUACCAAUUAUUUUGUUGACGACCACAUGGCUUUGAUAUAAGGACUCUGCAAAUAAAUAAAUAUUAAAAAAUAGUUAAAAUAAUCACUAAAAUUAUAAUUUAUAAAAAUACAUUUAUCUUAUUCAAAAAAAAUAAAAUUAUAUUCCACUCUAAAAAAUACAUAUGCAAGAAAUAUUUAUUUUAUUACAGAAAAUAUUUAAUAAAAUUUUAUUUCUUUCGUGAUUUUUUUAUUUUGAAUUUUUUAGUUCUUAGUCAUCACGAUCGGCAGCUAUUAUCAAGUAAAGUAAACCAAAAAGAAAUAAUUCAUUAAAUAUUUUCUGUAUUAAAAAUAAAAACAAACAAUGUUUAAUUGUAGAAAAUUUAAGAAAUCACAUAAAUUAAUAAAAAAAAAAAAAUAAAAUUUAAAAAAUAAAGAAAAUAAAGAAAUGAAUUUUUUAUUUGUCUCUCAUCUCAACAUAAACAUGAAAAAACCACAGACAAAAAUGAAACACAUAGUACAACACAAACACAAACUCAUUUAUUUUAUUUUUUCACACAAAAAACACAAAAUAACUAUAUUUAAAUAAAAACUAAAAAAAAAAAUCUAUAUAAAUAAAAUAAAAAAAAAAUGUCGGAGGUAAAAAGAAAAUUCUUCAAGACGAUUUAAGUUUUGUGACAUAUUUUUUGUCAAAAUGAUGUAACAAUACUGCAUUUAAGAGUGUAAUUAAAUCUCUUAGUAAAAGUAAAAAAAAAAAAUACAUAAAAAAAAUUAAAGGAACAAUCCCAUUCCUACUUAUAUAUUUUUAUUAUUAUUCUUUUUAAUGAUGGUGUAAAUUAAAAACAAAAUUUUUAAGUUAAAAAAAAACCAACAUACAAAAAAUAUAUAAAUAUAUAUAUAAAUAUAUUGAAAAGUCUUCAGCUUUCAUACAUAAUAAUUUAUUAUAAUUAUACAUAAAAUAUUAAAUAAAAUAUUACAUAUAUCAAAUAAAACUAUAUAUAUACAUAAAUAUAAAUGUAAAUUCAAUUUUAUUGUGAAUAUGAAUAAAUAUUUAAUCUCUAAAAAAAAAUUAAAUAACUUAAAUGUUGUUAAUGCAAAAAAUAAAAAAAAAAAAAAAUACAAAAAUAUUUUAAAGAAUGAUUAAAAAAAAACACGAAUAGAAUUUCAUUUUGUACAGUAGACACCAGAUAAAAAUGUUGCACAACAAAUUCCUAAAUGACGGAUAAAUUUGCUUGCAAAAAUUAAAAAAAAAAAAAAAAAAACUUAGAAAAAAAAAAUAACAAGCAUUUUUAUUCUCUACUCUAUUUAUUCCUUAUUAACUGUGUGUUAAAUAUGUUUCUUUAAAAACAUAUAAAAAUUUGAAUUGUGAAGAAGUACUUUAUUAUGCAAGCCAGAACUUUAAAAAAAAUGUAUUAUGAAAUUUUCUGGUUUUAACUUAGAAAAAAAAAUACACUAAAUUUUGUAAAAAAAAAUUUAGUAACAAAAAAAAAAACUAAAAAUAUUUUAUUAUGAUAAAAUAUAUUUUUUUUCUGCUCAAUGUAACAUUUUAUUAUUUUUUUGAAUUCGCAACAAAAUGAAAACAGGCCAACACUAACAGCAAGAAGUAGAAAAUUAUUAAAAAAAAAUUUAAAAAAAAACAACUUAAUUUUAACUUUGUACAUUAUGGAAAAAAAUGAUGUUCGACAGAACAAUUCUAGUCAGGGCAGGAAACCCAUACUUACAUUAUUAUUAUAUAUAUCUAAUUAAUAACAUAUAAAUAUAUAUAUAAAUUAAUUUUGAACAAUUCAAGAGUUGCAAAAUAAUAAUUGCCGAAGUCCUUAUUAUUGUAGAUUAAAAAAAAAAAAACAAAAAUACAUU